ACCGCUGGGCCCAGGGGAGGCUCGGAGGGGGCGUAGGCAGAGCCGGCGGGCAGCCGGGUGCGAGGCUCGAACCCGGGCAACGCGGCCCGGUCCUCCAAAGCCAUAGAGAGGGCGGAGGGAGCGGUUAGACGCCUUCCCGCCGAGCGCUCCCGGAAGUGAGGGCGGCGGCGGCGGUUCCCAUGGAGAUGGAAGAUGGCGCCCAGGAGCCGCCAGCGCUCCUCGGCACCGCUGCAGGUCCUGCUUUUCCUCAACGGGUGGUACAGCGCGACUUACUUCCUGCUGGAGGCCUUCGUCUUCGUGUACAAGGUGCUGCUGCUGCCGUACCCCUUCACCAACCUGGUGCUGGACGUUGUGCUGCUCUUCCUCUACCUCGGCACUGAGGCCACUCGCAUCUUCUUCGGGUCCAAAGGCAACCUGUGCCAGCGGAAGGUGCCGCUCUCCAUCAGCCUGGCCCUGACCAUCCCGGCAGCUGUGAUGGCAACCUAUUACCUGCUGCUGCAGACCUACGCCCUGCGCCUGGAAGCCAUCCUCAACGCCACCCUCCUGCUCUUCUACGCCGUAGAGCUGCUGCUGGGCAUCUUGGCGCUGGUCUCCUUCUCCAGUGUGGAUUCGUACUGAGGCCUUGUGCCGCAUCAAAGGACUAGGCAUAGAGCAGCACAGCACAUGCAAGCGACCUGCCAGGCAGUACCCAACCUGCUGCCACCCAGGAUGCGGCCCCCAGGGCUUGUGAAGCGCAGGUCAGUUCGAGGUACGGAGAAUUAUUUUUUUUUUUUCUACUGCCUUCUCAGAAUAAUUCACUAUUUUCCAAUAAAUAUUUAUUUUUACCUGG